AUGUUGCAGCAGCAGCAGCAGCAGCUGCAGCAGCUGCAGCAGCAGCAGCAGCUGCAGCAGCAGCAGCUGCAUAGACAGCAUCUCCAGCAGCAGCAGCUGCAUCAGCAGCAGCAGCUGCAGCAGCAGCAGCAGCAGCUGCAGCAGCAACUCCGUCCUCUUGAUUCCCAGCGCCAGGAGGCGCUGCUCUUCUCCGUGCAGCAAAGCGGCGACGGCCACUUCGUCACGAGGUCUAUAUUUUUGUUGCUGCUGUUGCUGCUGCAGCAGCUGCUCUCGGUGUGA